CAAAUGUCAAAAUUCACAAUUACACAUGAGUGUGGCAAAAGCACGAUCAGGUGCGAAGCCACAAUAAAAACGUAAAUUCAACAAAAAAAUUGGAAAUAUAAUACUAAAAUUAAACGUGUAUAUUAUGAUAAAGAAGUGAAAUAUUGAAUAUUUGAAAUUAAAAAAAGAAGUGUAAAAGCUUCAGUAAAUCAAAAUGGCGGCACCAAAACCUCCACCAGCUCAACAGUUCAAUUUAAUCCCAAAAAUUGUCAAUGGCGGUAUCGCGGGUAUUGUGGGUGUUUCCAUAGUGUUUCCAUUGGAUUUAGUAAAGACAAGACUUCAAAACCAAACGAUCGGCCCAAAUGGCGAGAGGCAAUAUAAAAACAUGUUGGAUUGCUUCAAGCAGACUUACAAAGCAGAAGGCUACUUCGGCAUGUACCGAGGGUCUGGUGUCAAUAUCCUGCUGAUCACUCCAGAGAAAGCUAUUAAAUUGGCUGCUAAUGACUUCUUCCGCUUCCACUUGUCCAAGCCAGAUGGAACCAUACCGAUCCCAAAUCAAAUGCUUGCCGGUGGUUCAGCCGGGGCGUGUCAGAUUGUCAUCACCACGCCUAUGGAGCUCCUAAAAAUCCAAAUGCAGGACGCUGGACGAGUUGCAGCACAAAUCAAAGCCGCUGGCGGCAAAGUGGGUAAGCGAGUCACAGCUUGGGAAUUAACCAAAAAAUUAGUCGCUGAAAAAGGUAUCUUUGGGUUGUAUAAGGGAGUGACUGCGACAGCGUGCCGAGACAUCUCCUUCAGUGUAGUCUACUUCCCUACCUUCGCAAUCCUCAGCAAAAUGGGUAUACAGGACCCAAAAGACAUUACACCACCUUUCUGGUGGUCAUUCCUGUCGGGCUGCAUGGCGGGAUCUUUCGCAGCCCUGGCCGUGAACCCCAUGGACGUGGUUAAGACGCGCAUGCAAACUCUCACUAAAGGCAGUGGGGAACGGCAAUAUACGGGAAUCAUGGAUUGCGUUACGUCCACGUUGCGGCACGAGGGCCCGACUGCGUUCUUCAAGGGCGGCGUUUGCCGUAUGAUCGUGAUCGCUCCUCUGUUCGGUAUCGCGCAGACAGUCUACUACCUCGGCAUCGCGGAGUACUUGCUAGGUUACAAGCGUGGCAAAAUUGUCUGAACACACUUCCAAAUUUUAUGUCUUCCGUUCAUAGAUGAAUUUUAUUUCAAUUUCAUUUUUCCAUACUUAUUUAUUUGUAUACAACUUUACAACUUUUGCUUAAGAAUGUUAGCUUUUUGUUUUACUAUAUUUAUUUAUAUGCAUUAUUUUGCAAUUUAUUUGUUUUUGAUAAUAAAAUAAUGUACUAAUCUCUAUGCGCCUGUUUCACUGCCUUCAUAUAAGUACCCAAUAAGUUUAUGUGACAGAUAGUUCAUACAAAUAAUGUCGUGAAUACCUUGCACAUAGCAGCUAUCGACAAAUUGUGAAACAGGGCCCUUAAUGUAUUAAUCAUGAUAUUAGACAAACGCUGUGCUAUUAUAUAACACGAUCAUGUUCUGUAAGAUUUACCUCAAAUAUAUUAUUUAUUUAAUCUCAUCAUGCUUGUGUGUUAAAUUGCUAGUAAUACUAUAAAGCUUACAGAUCACUGUUGACAUGACAUUUGACACUUGUAUAUUUAAAUAAUUUUAAGCCUUACUCCUUGUAAGUAGUACUUAUUACAUAAAACAGGUACUACUAAGCGGACCUUUUUUCAAAAUGUGUUUGGAUAGCAUGGAAUGUGAAUUGUACCCGAAUACAUGGACACGAGGGAAACCGUUACAAAAUACUAUUAUAACAAACAGCUAUGAUGUAUGUUAACCAGUUAUAGUUUUACUAAUGAAAGAAUAAACUCAUUUUUGGGCCUAACCUAUACAAAUCAGAUAUGAACCAAAUUCACCAUAUUAAUUGUAGCAUCUACUAUUAUGGCAAAGUGUUUUUAAUGUGAUAGAGCGGCAGAUAGAUAUGCUAAUGGUAAGUAAUUAGUGCCACCCACGGAAACCAGACAGCACCAGAUAUUUUGAUUUGUUGGGAAUGGAAGUACAGAGGAUUGAACACGGCGAAACAACGCGAGUGUUGCAGGUGUUAUUAAUUGUUUAAAUGUUAGAAAUAAAAUACUGAAAGCUGAUUGGAACAGCAACAUCAACCGAAGUCAAUAAAUAAACUAUGAAUUUGAGUAGUGAACAACUAAUGUCAAUUAGAAUUAUGUCAUUAUUCUUUCAAAUAAUGUGCGUCAAAGUAAUCAUAAUACCUAAUCGAAUAAAAUUUCUAGUCUCAGUCCAAUAAUUAUAUUAUUAGUAUACAAUUAAUUACAAUUGUCAACUUAAUCAAAUCAAGUAAAUAUUAUAAAUAAUGUUUAGAUAUUAUAAUUGGUAAUGUUAUUUUAUUUACUUUGUAACAUAAUUACUUAUACCUUCUGUAUUAAACCAAAAGUAACCAACAAUUAUAUAAUGUUUUGGUAAACUAUCGAUGCUGUAUGGUUGGGCCCAAGUUCCUAUAGAUUUUGUUCUUUAUAUUGCUUGUGAUAUUUGUUAUUUAAUUUUGUAAUUAUAAAUCAUAUUUGUUGGAAAAUAGAUGUAAUGUUGUUGAUUAAGCUUGACGUUAUUUUAACUUCUAGUUUGUAUGGCGACGUAAGGAAUUGGUUUGGUUUGCCACGCGAACACUGUGUUCACGCAUUCAUUGGAUUGUAAGGUUUAUAACAACUACAUUCGCAUUUAUUCAUGUCUUGAGAAAUGUAUCAAGUGUAAUUUUUUGUCUUGAUUCAAUAUUUUCUUUAAAAUAGAACCAGCCACGGCAAUCCCUCGUUGAUCUGCUGUCACUGGUAGAUACUCUUUCCAAAGAAAUACACAAUAAUAAAGAGGUUUCUAAUCGGAAUGUUUAAACUAAUGUGCGUGUGUGUAUUUUUAUGAUGUACCUAAGGCAAUAGUUUCAUCUAUUACAUACCACUGGCAAAAACUAGCUAUUACAUGUAAUUAUGUGCCCUUCAGAAAAAAAAAUAUAUCAGGCAUUAUGCUGUGUUGUUAUGUUCACGUGAUUGCUGAAAUUAUUAUGAAAAAAAUGUAAAAAAAAUUAGUAAAAAAACAAAAUCGUAUAAUAAAACAUGUUACUUCCGUAGUUAUAAAAUAUAUUAGUUAAGAGACAAUAAUAAUAUCAAUUACAGUUCUUUAGAUAUUUAUGAAAUGUCAUCAGAACGAUAAAUUUCAAGUGUGUGAACUGUAAAUUGACCUGCUUGUCAGGAAGAGCAAUUACACAGAAGUAAUUGUUAAAAACCUUUUGAUGUCUCUCUUAGUAUAUAUUAUUGUUGUACUCCACAAUAAUAGUUACUACUAAAUCAUUGAUAUUACUAGUACUAGUACAAAUAUCGUUAUGAAAUAAAUUUUCAUGUAAAAUAAUCUGAAUGGAAAACUGAAAAUAAUCGAAAAUGCUUUGGUAAAAAAGUAUUAAGUUGUAAAAUAUUAUUUUUUGUAACUAAGUAAUAUUUGGCUGUAUCCUCGCUUGCAUAUCGAAAACUUAUUACUUGAUGUCGGCAUAGAUUCUACGUAGAAUGUAAUUUAUUUGUUCUGUCGUAUAAAUGACGUGUUUAUUACAUAGAAUUUAGAUCAAAUGAAAUAACGUCAUAUUGGGGUGUAUUAAUUGUUUUGCAAAAAGACAUGAUUUAAAUUUAAGCAUGUAGUUUAAUAUUACAUCUGUAAUAUGAUGUUUUUAAACAAAAUAUUCUGCUUUGCUGCAGUCUUAAGGUCAGCUCACACCGAGACGUAACGGUGCAUGCACACUUUAUAAGAGCAGCUCUAAAUACAACUCUAUUUUCUACACGAAAAGAUUCAGUCUCACGGUAUCCAGCGCGUGGGGCAAUGCGAAAUCACUUGCCUCUUCCGUAUUCUUCAGUAUUGUUAAAUCACGUCUCAUCUCCGUGUGAAAUUGACCCUUAUUGCUACGCCUGCAAUCAAUCGUUUAGACAGGCAAGUGUUUGCUGUAUACAAACCGACAUACUGGCUGCAAGCUACGCCCAACGUCAAUGUUUCAAGACAAUAAUAAUUAUAUAUAAUAAAAUUAAUAUUGAUGUUAGAAGCUACCUAUGUGUUAUUAGAUGUUGUAUUGUCAAUUAAAUAUUAGACAAUUAUUAUGUAUUACACAAAAGAUAUUUAAUGGACUUGUAGUUGCCAAUUAUUGUCUAUAAUAUAUUUUAUUAGUCGGAACAUAUGAACUAUGUGGUGUUUAUGAGUUUUAGAUCAAAUUUAUUUUGACAUUAUUUUUUUUCGUUUAACCUAAUUUAAUAAAAUGUAUGUUUUAA